AAACAUCUCAAUCUAAACAAGCUACAAUAUUUGUUUUAUCCAGUACAGUUUACAAUUGAAUGGUAAUUAACGGCAAGUAUGGGCUCAUUUGAGGGUCAUUUACUUCCCGGCACUUUCUUCUUAUUGUUUGGCAUUUGGUGGACAGUAGUCAUAUUUGACCGAUACUUUCGGUCACUCGUCAACUCGGCGCUAACCAAACGGUCGCAAGUGUUUAAAUGUCGUACCAGUUAUACGAAAUACGAGUCCUAUAUUAAGAUAAUAUCAACCAUUAUUGGCAUCGUAUUGGAGUAUUGGACGGCUUUAGAUAAAAAUUAUCGAUUCACACACACUGGUAUUAUUGAACUAAUGAUACACAAUGGCUAUCCAUUGCCAAAAGGUUGCGAUUAUCUGUCACUAUCUUUGGCUAUCUUUGCUGAGGGUUUGCUCUUUUAUUUUCAUCUUCACGGAAGGACAUCACUUGACAUUCACGUUCACACACUACUCAUAAUUAGCAUAAUAUUAUCAUUGAUAUCAGUAUUGAUUGAAUGGAUAUAUCGCUAUCAUUUCCUAUCGGCCUUUUGCCGCACAGUCUGUACUCUAUUGCAGGGCUUCUGGUUCUAUACGGUCGGUUUCAUACUAUACCCACCUUUCUCUCAGAGCCCUGUGGGUGAAAGUCACGGCAAACAAAUGCUUAUUACUGCACUGUUUUGUUGGGAAAUCGCCGCUAUUAUAGUGUUGAUGUCUUUUAUUGGAUCUGUCUUUUACUGCAAGAAUCGCAAGAUUUUGCAAACCAAUGAAUAUUCUGUUAAUUAUAGGUUAUGUGAAUCUAAUGUAGACUUUAAAUGUCUCGUCAAUGAUACCAAUGAUAAGGAUUUCAAUGAAAAUGAAUCGCAUAAACUCAGUAGUAAUGGCAUAAAGUCAUCAAUUAAUCACAAGUAUUCAACUAUUGUCACAUCGGAUGAUGAGAUCUGA